AUGGCGUGGAUGAGGUGUGAUGCGAUGAUAAAACGGUGGCUUACCACCGCCAUGGAAAAGGAGAUUCAUACCGGCAUCAAAUACACCAACAAUAUUGUUGAGAUAUGGUCAGACCUCCAUGAGAGGAAAAAAGAAAGGUUAUAUGAUUUUCUCAUGGGCCUUGAUAGUGAGUUCUCAAUUGUGAGAACUCAAAUACUAGUUUUGAAACCGACACCAUCUCUUGGAUUUCCUUAUCAUCUUGUUGCUGAUGAUGAACAACAAAUGUCCAUCACCAACACCAAAAGACCCACCGUUAAAGCAGCAGCUUUCCAGGCGUAUACCAAGACCAAUACGAAUCAACAUGGAAACAAGGCGGUGAAGAAAAUCACUAAGCAAGGAAAACAUUGCACCCUCUGUAACAAAGACGGUCACAACCAUGAGACUGGACCAGUUAGAUGUUUGCAACGUAUUCUUACAUGGUGA